AUCAUCAUCAUCAUCAUCAUCAUCGUCACAAUACCCACGACUCUUUACCGUAUCCCAAUCAUUGUAACUCGCAUCGCCCGCCGCCGCCGCCGCCUCGCCACCCUUCCUGCUCAUCACUACUACAAUCUAGUCAUCGACCACUGCGGCUCGCGCGCACGCGACUCGGGACACGGGCGACUAUUACAUUGCACACACACACACACACUGCACUCCACCCGUGCCCCUCCUCGACUCGCUCAUACCGACGGCUAGGACUGUACCACCACCACCACCACCACCUUGCUCACAUUUAGCUGUCAGCGCAUUGGACUUUGCGCAACUGCGCCUUCCCCCUCCUAAUAGUACAGCCUGUUCGCCCCCUUCGAACAUGUCUUCACUCUAACCGGGCCCACUUUCCGAUAACCUGUACCUUCACCAAACCCGUCUAUCCCAUUGACCUACGUCACGUCGCAGAUCAUGACAAGUACAAUCGACGACGAUCCAAUGGGUAGCACAUCUGCUCACUCCGCCUUUGCACUCGACGCUGUUACAAAAGGCUCCUCUCCACCCGGGUCGGAUACCGCCUCUGCUCAGGCUUCAACAUCAUCGACGUCUGUAACAUCACCGUCGGGUUCCGUCUCACCUACACCACGGCGACGAGGCUUGCCGCCUGGAACGCUCCCACACUUUCCAUCAGCAACGGAGCCUCGCACCCCAAUCCCUCCAAUCUUAUCACCAUCUCCUACUAGCUCGCCAGUACCAGCGGACCGCUCAUCCCCCUUUCCCUCGUCGACAACACCGCUCAAGCGCCAAAGACCGCCCGCAGGACUGUCCUUGUCUGAGGCACAGUCACCAGGCUUUGCACCUCAAUCGCCCUGGGCCAUGCUUGCGGCUACCUCGGGGGCACCAACGCCAUCCCUCAACGGACCGGCAAUGGGGCCUCGGAGCACGUCGAAUCUCGGAUAUCCAUUCGAGCAGCUCAACCUUGGUAACAGUUGGUCGGCAAAUAACCUGAGCGAGCAGGCGGUACCGCCAGCGAAGAGCCCUGCCCCUCAAACACCGACGAGGUCCGCCACGGUUCCAAGUGGUCCCAUUUGUGGGCCAUCUUCGCUAGAUGCUUUCAGCAAUCGGAUUGCAGGAGGUGCUCUGCCAUCAGCGCGGAGUCCCCUGGCAUUCUCGUCAUCACUGGCAGAAAGGCGGGCGUCGCUUCCUCAGCUGGGAGGACCUUCCUUGCCACUGCAGUUUAGAGCCACGAACAGCAGCGUUCCUGCACCCUCAGUAUCCAAGGUGCAGCCCCUCGCCAGUCAGGCCGUGUCCAAACUCAUCGCCAAGAGCACAACUCUCGUCCUCGACCUACGACCACCGUCAUCGUACCAGGCAUCGCAUUUACCCACAGCACACUCGCUUUCGAUCCCCUCUACGCUACUCCGACGACCCGCAUUCAGCCUCAGCAAAAUCGGACAAAUGCUGGCGACCCGGGCGUCCAGAGAGUGCUUCUGCGAGUGGCGUGGCAUGUCUGACAUCAUUUUCGUCGACUCGGACAGCACUGUGGUACCGGAUGGCAGUGUACUUCAGGGCCUCGCCGCCAAGUUUGAUCGGGAAGGGUAUACCGGACACCUUUGGUUUGUACGUGGCGGACAUGCCGCCAUUUUGUCGGAUGGUGAUAUCGCGCUCGUCUCUGAAGAUGAUGCUGCUCUGGCCGACGACGCCGACUCUAGGCCGCACUCUGUCGGUUUCAACCACAGCGGAGACGUGCUCGAUGUGGCCAAGCUGUCCAAGCUUGCCUUCCAGCGAGGCUCGACAACGGGGAGCGCUCGACCGUCAAGAGGAACACAUGGUACUUUUCCUGCAACAGCGGGGUCGACGGCCCGAGGUGACCCCUUCAACCUCCUUGCGCCUCCAUCAGAAGCCUCGCAUAGCCAGCGGGGUUCUACGCCCCGCAGCGCAGACUCGGGCCGAGUUCGACUGCAGCCAGCAAAUCCAUUCUUUGAUAACAUUCGUCAAAACCUGGAACUUGCUCACGGUGGGAUUACCGAGCGAAUCCCAUUGGCAUUGGCAGAGGACGUCCAGAAGCGGGCCAAUGAGCUCCCAAAGUUCCUCCGGGACUUGGUCCUGCUGUCUGAUUCUGAGAGCAGCGAGCUCCUUGCGAGGCAAUUCUACGAAAUCGAGCGCAGCGAGCAGCAACGCCUUCAAUCAGUAAUGGACAUCUUGUCCCAGGACUGCACAACUGUGACCCAGCUUGGCAGCGAAUCCGCAAACUCCGACCCCACCGUCAUCUGCAACGAAAACGCUUCCCAGCCGUACUUUCCAUUCUCCAUUUCAGCUGGAGUGGAGCGCGGUACGAAGAAUCGGUACAAGAAUAUCUGGCCAUAUGACUUUUCGCGCGUCCGCCUUGGCACCCCAGGUGAUGACGAUUCGGACUACAUCAAUGCGUCGUUUGUGCAGCCACCAGGCACUACGAGACGAUACAUUGCCACCCAAGGACCUCUGGAUACGACGUACCGAGACUUUUGGACCCUUGUGUGGGAGCAGCAUGUCCACGUCAUCGUGAUGCUCACCAAGCAAUACGAAGCUGGCCUCCUCAAGUGCGGCAAGUAUUGGGGAACUCAAAAGUAUGGUGACCUCAACUUGCAAAUGGUCUCGGAGACAGGUGGCGAUGACAAUGUCCAAGCGCCCACAGGGUUCAACUUUGAAGUGCCCCGACACGGUGCUGCAAACCCGACGAACCCGACGAGUGAGGUGUUACCGAACAUUAAGCGCACAUUCAAACUCUGGCACGAUGGCCAGAAGGACCAGGCCCCGAGGACGAUUACGCAAAUCCAAUGUGUGGAAUGGCCCGACUGGGACGUUCCCGACUCGCCCGAAGUGUUGUUGCAUCUCAUGCGGGAUGUUGACAAGGCCGUCUGCGAGCAGUCGUCUUUUGCCGACGCCACGGAUCGGUGUGCCUACCCGCCGGUUCUUGUUCAUUGCUCGGCCGGUGUCGGUCGAACGGGCAGCUACAUUCUGGUCGACGCUGUGGCAGACGGUCUUCGCCGAGAGUACCGCAAGACACAUCAUUCUGUGUCAUCGGAGGGUUCAGCGGCGCUGCAGAAGAAGACGCCUCCCUCGACUGCCGCCGACGGCAAGGCCGCGCAAUUCUUGUCACCAGGCAUCCUCGAAGGCAAGCCCGCAAUGGUCCUCUCUCCGGCCGGCGGAGCAGCACCAUUGACCGAAGCGAUGGAAGUGGACGCAAAGGAGUCGGACCAUCAGCACCACUCUCUCACGAAGCUGGCAGAGGCCCUUGUCGACGAACCGACAGACUUCAAGCUGCACCAGCCCCCCGCGAUAGAUGCUGCCCUAGCCGAUCUGGAUGCUCCACUGCCGGUAACGUCGAGCCAUGUCCCGCACCAGGUGACACGGCCACUCGGCAACAUGGCUGAGCCGAUCAUGGAUGUUCUGCGUGCAAUGCGCGUGCAGAGGAUGAGUCUGGUGCAAAGCUUGCGCCAGUUCAUUUUUGUCCACCGCGCUGUUAUUGCGUUCUACCUCUUGUCUCUCCACUCUCCACCAGUCAUGGCGGCGGCGACAACAAGCGGGACACGGCGCUUUGAGGCCAUCUUCAAAAAGGUGCCUGGCACGCUGUCCGUCACGGCGACGCACAUUGCAUGGGUGCCGACAACGGCGGGCGCAAUGGACCGGCAGAGUCAGGCUUUGAACCGAGUUAUGGUUAUGUCAGCGACCAAGAUGGACUCACCGCGCGUGUCCCUCAAGCUCGUGUUCAAGGAGGACGUUCCCGUCGGUGGCCUGCUCUUCACCUUUACCUCUGCGAACAAGAUUGCCGACCGGCAGGCGGUGCAGGACCUGCUCAUCCCGUUCGUGUCGGCCAACCGAGCCGGCUCGUCGGGGUCGCCGGCCGUGUCCGUCCCCGCCUCGGUGGCCGCCACGCCCGCCGCGUCGACGCCGGGCACGCCGAGCUCGGUCGCAAAGGGCAAGCGCAAGGCGGACGCGCUCGACCCCGAGGCCAAGUCCCGCACGUACGACCUGCGCAAGAGCCUGCUGAAGAAGAACUCUACGCUGUCGCAUCUGCACCGCCAGCUCGUGAUCGGCAAGCUGAUCUCGGAAGAGGAGUUCUGGGAGGGCCGCGAGGCCAUCCUCCGCGCCGAGGAGCUCGCCGAGAGCCAGCGCCCCGGACGGCCGUCGCGCCUCCUCGACGACCGCUUCGUGUCUGCGCCCAAGGAUCCCAAGAAGAUACAGGGCGGUACAGGACGGGGCAUCAAGAAGGUCGAGAGCGGACCAGUCACCUUCAACCUGACAAAGGAGCUCAUCCGCGAGAUCUUUGAAGAGUUCCCCGUGGUGCAGGACGCGUAUGCCAAGCAUGUCCCGCGGAUAUUGGACACCGAGUUCUGGGCGAGGUACUUUAGCUCAAGGCUGUGGGAGCAGCACCGUGCGUCGGAGCGCAAAACGGCCGCCGACGAGGGCACCCGGAAAAAGGACGACAUCUUUGACUUGUACCUCGAGGACCCGGACUGGGACCCGACACCGCGAAAGGAGCUGCCGGAUGAUGUGGAUCGUUUCCUGGAUCUCCAGGCGACGGAGGAGGACCACGGCGACGCGUCCACUGUGCGCGACGUCACGAUGCAGGCUGGCCGCGAGCGGACGUCGCUGCCGCUCAUCCGCCGCUUCAACGACCACUCGGAGAAGCUGCUGCGUGCGGGCAAGGGGACUGUGUCGACUAACGGGCUGCCCAUGGUGGACAACACGAUUUAUGAUGAGAUCGAGUACACCGACCUGAUGGCGCCUGCUGCACCUGCGCAGAUCGCCCUCGAGGUCGCUGAUGCGGACAAGGAGGCAGAGAAGGACGCCUCGAACGGGAUUUUGCUCGGCAAGACCGACGACCAGCUGCGCGACCUCGCAGACGCCGAAGUCGCGCGCGUGCAAAAGUGGGACGUCAACUUUGGCGAGGUCAGCCUGCCCAACCCGUCGCAUGGCCCCACCACCGGUGGGCCGCCGCCGGAGGAGCUCAGGCCCCUGUACGACCAGUUCAACUUCCAGCGCGAGGCGCAGGCGCUGGCCAUGAAGGUCGUGCGGGAUAUGCACUUGGCGAGCAACAAGGAGGAGGAGGUAUAUGCCCCGAUCCCCGCGCGCAUUCUCGAGCAGAUGCGCUCAUGCCACAUUGCAGCCACCGAGUUCCUUCGACAGUACUGGGCCGCCAUUCUCCCUCCGCCGCCCGGCUCGCUCGGCGCCGCGGCAGGCGGCACGUCGCCCGCCGAGCGUGAGAAGCGUGCGCAAAAGAUGAUCAAAUACCUCAAGGGCACCGAGGGCAAGGUCAACGCGAUUGUCAAUGUGGCCAUGACGGAGCGGUUUGACCCCGAGCGCGUGCGCAGUGCAAUGGCGCCGACGCUGGGCGCCGUGAAUGUCGCGCUCGCGCGCGACGCCAAGCGCGUCAAAUCGUAGGCGUAGGAAGCGGAGACGAGGUGUGGGUGGGCCGGCGUUUGUACUCCGUGGGGCAGUGUCCGGCGUUUGUGG